CCUCUGUACGGACUGUAAGCACAGACGUAGCAGUGGUUCGAGGUCCUGACGAGUCAACGCCGACCGAGGUAGAGGAGCGCGAGCAGGAGUUCUCAUGGAGUCCGUGCGCUGUUUGGACACCGACUGUAACAACAAGACCACCGAGCCGGACCAGGCCACGCGCUCAACUCCCACCAGGAACUAACGGGAUUAGUUUUUACUGCGCUGUUUCUCUGUGAACAGGAAAGUCGGGCAGGUUUGGAUAGCUCUUCCUGUUACAAAGUCGGCGGUUUCUAGGUUUUUAUAUGUUGUGAUAAAGCCCCGCUCGUUGCGUGCUUUCUCAUAAGAGCGCGGGUAUGGAUACUCUCGCGCAAAGGGAUGCGGGAUUUCCUGCGGUAGCGCCGCAAAGUUGCGGUCAGACGCCGUUAUUGGAGAAUUGGGUUUAAUCAUGCGAACUGGUCAGCCCUGAAACUUGUCGUAAAACACUGGUUGGCUGGACUGAAUGCUCCUUUCCUGCUAUUCUUCUCCGCUUCUCCGCGCUUCCUGCUUGUGGUGGCCACUGCACUUAAUGGCUAAAAAUACAUAAAACUUCAAAAUGGACUGCUUAAUGUAGUGGGGAGCUUAAGUUUUUGUGGAGUUGCAGUUGCAACACUUGGAAGUAUUUUACGACAGGCUUUGGACACUUUUUAUUUUUGUCCACUUUUCAAAAUCAGAACUCAACAGAUGGCAAGCCUGAAUGAGGGAAGAGGAGAGCUAAUUUACCCAUAAUGAGGUGAUUCAAGAGCCUCUUAAAUACAGGCCGGUGGAAUGAUAUUGUGCCCAAACCAUGUUUUGGGAAACCACAUCACUUGAACAGAGAGAAACUCAGUGGAGGCACUGCUGCCGUUCUGAGCUUUGAGACACUUAAUCAAAACUACAGCAAUCUCUUGACUCAUUCUGCAUUUUCAUUUUCUUGCAUUUAAUGUCAAGACGAAUGAAAGACACUUGCCACUCAGUUAUCUUUGAAUCCUCUCCGGUAGCCCACUUGUUGGUGAAACUUUUGAACACAUUUCACUGGUCCCUGAUGAACCAACAAGAAAGACAGGAAAGGGAGCGAGGCGCAAUAAAGUACUCCUUUGUACUUUAUUUUCAAACCCUUGGGGUGCAAAAUCAGAUCCAGUCAAAACAUCUGCUUGAGGCUCCAUGGAGCCGCUGAAGAACAUAUUCAGUCGUGGCCCGCUGUCGAACUGGAAAAAUUUGGAACAGUCACAAAAAGGGAACUUCACCAACCCCGUGUGGACGGCCUUGUUCGACUACGAGGCGUCCUGUAAAGAUGAGCUCACCUUGCGCAAAGGUGACCUGGUGGAAGUCCUGUCUCUGGACUCUGAGAUAUCAGGGGACGAGGGCUGGUGGGCUGGUAAGGUCAACAACAAGGUGGGCAUCUUCCCAUCCAACUACGGCUCCUUCAAGCCAAAUGGAUACGGGAAGCUUCCUGGCAGCGGCGUGGUGGGUGAGCUCGGCCCGGCUGUGGUGGGUGAGCUCGAACCCAAGGAGGUGGACUUCCGGGAGCUCAGCCUGGAGGAGGUCAUCGGGGUCGGAGGCUUUGGAAAGGUGUAUCGCGGUACAUGGAGAAACGGGCUGGUGGCCGUGAAGGCCGCCCGGCAAGACCCGGAUGAGGACAUCAGCGUGACGGCGCAGAACGUCAGGCAGGAGGCCCGUUUGUUCGCCAUGCUCACUCACCCGAACAUCAUUGCCCUGAAAGGUGUGUGCCUACAGGAGCCCAACCUGUGCCUCAUCAUGGAGUACGCCUCAGGUGGCCCGCUGAGCCGGGCGCUGGCGGGGCGUCGCAUUCCGCCCCACGUUCUGGUCAACUGGGCCGUGCAGAUAGCCAGAGGGAUGUUGUACCUGCACAGCGAGGCCAUCGUCCCCGUCAUCCAUCGGGAUCUCAAGUCCAACAACAUCCUUCUGGCUCAGCCCAUGGAGAAUGAAUGUAUGGAGGGUUUGACGUUGAAGAUCACCGACUUCGGCCUGGCGAGAGAGUGGCACAAGACCACCAAGAUGAGCACCGCCGGCACCUACGCCUGGAUGGCCCCUGAGGUCAUCAAGUCAUCCACCUUCUCCAAGGGCAGCGACGUCUGGAGCUAUGGUGUGCUGCUGUGGGAGCUGCUAACAGGAGAGGCACCCUACAAGGGGAUUGAUGGACUCGCCGUCGCCUACGGAGUCGCUGUCAACAAGCUCACCCUGCCCAUCCCUUCCACGUGCCCUGAACCCUUCGCUCUGCUCAUGGCAGAGUGCUGGGACCAGGACCCCCACCACAGACCCAAUUUCUGCUCCAUCCUGUCCCAGCUGACGGCCCUGGAGCAGCAGGUGAAGGAGGAGAUGCCGCAGGACUCCUUCCACUCCCUGCAAGAGGACUGGAAACUGGAGAUCCAGGACAUGUUCGAUGAACUCCGGGCUAAAGAGAAGGAGCUGCGAUGCCGCGAGGAGGAGCUGAAGCGAGCGGCUCUGGAGCAGAAGUCCCACGAAGAGUUCCUGCGGCAGCGCGAGCAGCAGCUGGCCCAGUGGGAGCAGGAUGUGUUCGAGCGCGAGCUCAGUCUCCUCAUCCUCCACCUGAACCAGAACCAGGAGAAACCCAACGUCAAGAAGAGGAAGGGCACCUUCAAGAAGCACAAGCUCAAGAGCAAGAACGGCGAGAAGAUCAGCAUGCCUCAAGAUUUCAUCCACAAGAUUACAGUGCAGGCAUCUCCAGGCCUGGAGAAGAGGCGGAACUCUCCUGAUUUGGGUUCGGGCUCCUCACCCUCCUUCGGCCCUCGUUUCCGUGCAAUCCAACUCAGUCCCAGUGACAACAGCAGGACAUUUGGCCUAAGCUCAGUCUGGCCCCUGGAGGCCCCAUCUCUUAAACAAGCCAAUGGAGACUUGAGGUUGGGUCCCCACUGGAGGCCCCAGAGCCCAAAAAGCCCCAAAAGCCCUAAAGUCCUGCGCCUUAGUCCCCAGGAAAGCAGUCUGUCGAUGAGGGCCAAGCUCCUGGAGUCGGACAGCAAUGAGAAUGGAGAGUCCAAGGAUGACUUUGAGGAGUACAGACCCUCCACUCCAAACCCCCCUGCUCAGAACGGCUCCUCAGUGAAGGACAGCCUGCGGCUUCCUCUACCUCAGCGAGACUCGGGCAGCGAGGAAGGGGGUUCCUCCCCGGCUGGCUCCCCCAGGCCUGAGAGGGGUUCCCUCGGUGGCCACAUUAAGAGCACCCACCAGGCCCUGCUGGGCAGUGGCUCCCUCCUGGCCUCCAUAGGACUAGGUCGCUGCCUGGAUAUUCCCCCAAGGGUGCCCCCUCGAACUCACCUCUCUUCCCUAGGGGACCGCACCCCUUCCGAACCAGAGAUCUCCUCCCCUAAGCCCCUCAUUUCAGACCCCCCAGUAGUGGACGAUCUCAUCACUUUCUCCACCUCCGAGCAGCUCCCCAGGCCGCUCUUGGAUUUAGCCCUGCAGUACCAAGAACUGAAGCCCUUGCCCCUGACGCCGCCUCCGCCGAACCCCCGUGAGAGGAGCAGCCACCGGACGCCACAGAUGCUGCACAGUCCGCAGAGCCCCAAGACCCCCCUGCAGCACGGUGGGGCCAGCCCAGGGGAAUGGACCCCGAGUUCCUAUUCAACUAACGGGGAGCUGGGCUGUGAGGCCUGGGAGCACAGAGCUGACAGGAGGAGGAGGUCCAGCCAAGGCCUGCACACCUCUCAGCUAGUUUUGGACCUGCCCUUGUGCCAAGAUACACAGGACUCUGAUGACAAGCCGUCAGUGCCCUAUUCUCUCCACCCCAACCCUGCCCUCUGGAGCCCCAAAACCCGCCGCCUGGAAGUCAGCGUCAUCCCCCGUCCCCGCCCGUCUCCCAUCCGCCAACGCAUCGACCCCUGGAGCUUCAUCUCGGCUGGUGGUGGGAACUCAAGUGGCGGCCGCAGCCCGAACCGGUCGGACAGCAACCUUCUGGGCUACCAGCCCUCCCCUACCAACCCUUUCCACAACUGUGACCCAUUCCCCUCGCCUGACUGCGACCCAUUCGCCCUCAAGGCUGACCCCUCGUGUGGCUCGGACACAGCUUCACCCUUUGACCCCUUCUCAGCUCCCUUUCCCACCUCCCGCUCUGCCCCGUGCUCCACUAACGGCUCGCCCACGCUGCCCUCGUUCCGCAUAGUGCCCCUCAACCCGGCUGACUCGCCCCUCAUUGACCUGGGCUGGGCGGCCUGCAGCAAGCCCCUGGAUGGCACCAAAGAGAGAGCUCACCCUCGCAGGACACUUGGGCUCAAGCCCUUCAAGUCCCCGACGCAACUCAGAGAUGACAGGUUCUAAACCUGUGGCAAGGCUGUGGCAUUUAUCACAGGAACACAGCCCAGGACCCCUUCUACUACUAUGUCCUACAUCUUAACCAGGAUUUGAAAUCUUUUGAAAAAGGCUCACCCAUCACUCAACCCACUGAGGGAGGUUUCCCCCAUGGGAGCCUUAAUCAUUGCAGGUCCUAUUUAUAAGCCAGCCUACUGCUUUGGAAACCAUAAACCAGUGAAAGGUGGUACAUUUGAUUGUGCGAUUGCUGCCUUUGAACCAAUAGCUGGUGCCCAUUUCAUUCUCCCUCUCUAUCUCUGUUUCUCUAUCCCUUUGAAGGAGCAGAACACCGAUCACUAGUCCCAUCUUCAGAUUCUAUCAGACUGCUCAUAUCACCUGCUUUCAUCUCCCCCCUACCUUUGAAGCAUUGUGACAAUGCAGAGGUGGAUAAGGCGACUUGCACAGCUUCAUCUGCCUCUACCUCUCUGCAGACUUAAAGCAUUCAGGACAAUGGAAAAUUGGAGUGCCUUAUUUCGUGAAGUGUUUUUAAUAUAUAUCCUUUCAAGGUUCCUUGAAUGGUUAAUCUGGUGCGUAGGGAAGAUGCUACGAAUUUGGCUUAAAUUUGAAAAUCAGCUUAGCAUUUCUGUGGAAGAAAAUGUUGUCUGCGUGUGCGUGUGCAUGUAUGUCUAGACUCAUUGUUCAAGGAAAGCUUGCUGUUUUCUUUUUUUUUUAACAGCAUCUGCCUGUUGCAUUAUGGGAGAAAGCACUCAGAGUGGAUAGUCCAGGCCACUUGUGAAAUCCAAGACAAAACCAUGACCCAGGCAUUCCACUUGGAAGCAGAUAACAUUCCAGUCACAUUCCCUGGGAAAUGCCAGGGAUUGGACAGAUUCAUUUGGCUGGCAGGCGACACAGCACAGGAAACAGGACGGGGGAGCCCUCUGCAUUCCCUUCAUAUGCCAAAGAAUGCCACUGUGACAGUGUAAGGGCUGGGACAAAGAGUGUUUGCAAAUAAAUUGUUUUUACCUCCAUGGAGUGCCAGACGGGUGGGGUUUGCCACACUGGACAGCACAGAGAGCUGACACAGUAUUUAAACAUGAUAUGAUGUGCUUUUCUGUGGUUAUCUUUUUUAACAUCACCCAGAUUGUCUUACCACCACCCGUCUGAUGCUGUAGGAAGGUUCAACCAAAUACUCACUAUUUGCAAAUAUGGCAGUAUGGAAGUUUUUAGUGAAUACUGUAUUUGUACAGUCCACCAGAGUCACCGCAAAGCCAGCCCACAUUUUCACACUGUCUUGGACCACAUGAUGAACACUUCUCUCUGUGACCUGAUUGGACAAAGGCACCACUCACUCAGCUGUCACUAGGCCUUUCUUCUUGAACUGGGAAAUCCAUUGUGGUUGUUCUAAACAUUUUAAAUUUCUCGUGAAAUUUAGUUUCUGACAGAAUAUGAUCCAGAAAUGAGCUAUGACAGUUAAAUAUCAUGCUACAUGUUAUGCCUAUGUAUAGCACCUAAUUUGACAUUUUGAAAAGAACAUAUUGAUAUCUGUUGACUGGAUGUAACAAAAUCAACCUUCAAGCUCCUCUAAAGUUCCCACAUUAUAACUUGUUUGUUUAAUAGCAUUAAGUAACCCUAAGGUUAAACAAAUUAAACAAACAAGAUAUAAUGUGUUAGUGAGCUUUAGAGGUGCUCCGAGGUUACUUUUGUUCCCUCUGGACAGAGCCAGGGUAGUUGUUUCCCCCUGUUUCCAGUCUUUGUGCUCAGCUAAGCUAAACAUGUAAGAUGGUUGGUGAUGGGUCACUUCAAAACUUUGGCUGAUUGCUCACACAUCUCAUCAGUCUCAAUCAGAUCUUGUGAGAUGUUGGCUGGCUUUGCAAGACUCUCAGGGCUUCUAAACUCUUGUCCCUCCCAGUUUGUUAGAAAUCCAUCCUAAACCAUUUAAACACUGCUAAAAAGAUCUGGUAGGAUCCUGUGGAUAACUGUGAGGUCAUGUUGAGAUACUUCCAGAACAGAUAAAGUAGUAGUAUCAACAGUGAAUGUUAAUAUAGGGAGAAAUGUAGUGACGCUGAAAUCUUAAUUUUCCACCAACAGCAGUCUCAGCAGACCAGAAUGCACUGGAGCAGCAUCUGAAAAACUUGCUCUUUUAAAAUCGUUAUCAUCGCUGAUCGUUCUACAUACUAAAUGUAAUAUGUUGAGGCACUUUCUCUGGUUUUUCAAAAAGCAUCCGGGGAAAUGUAUGACUUGAGGCAGGUUGAGGGACUGUGGAUGCAGCAACAAAUACCUCACCACAAAAUAAUCCUGGAAUGGGAUAGACAUCACAGACAGGUGAUGCACAACAGUAUCCCGGGGUGGCGGUCAGCUGGUUCUAAAGCAUGUAGUCUAUUAACAUAAUUAGUGUAGGUCAAGCAUGUAAGCGACUGAAAGAGACCAACUUAGGCAUGGCACAAACUUGUCCCGUUACCCGCGUCUUUGCUGGAGCAUUACGAGGUGCUAAUACUGAUUUUGUUCAUCACUGACACCAUGUCAUUGGAAGACAAUAACGGCUUUGUUCUGAUGAAGAGUGAAAACCUCGUCUCCAAAGGGGAAAGCUUUGUGAUUAGCCUAAUAAUCCUUCUGACGAACAGAGGAGGCUGAUAGUGAUAAUUAGCCUCUUGAUAAGAGCAGGGAGCAUUAACAGAUAUUUGGUUAAUUAAUUUGCCCCAACGUUACGAAAAUGCCCUGCGUCCUCCUCGGAAGGUAUCGAGUCGCUUCCUUCAUCGGCUUACGUCUCGAUUUAAGCCGUGCCCUGUUUUAUGCAUUAAGUUUCAAAGACAGGUUGAGCUGUCUUUCCUCCCUUUCCUUCCUUUUUUUCUCUGUUGCCACUGGCUGCUGAGCUGCAGACCGGAUGAAAUCUCCACAGUCGAGGCUCACCCUCUUCUACCUCCUUCCCCCCUCAGGUGAUGAGGGAGAUUUCCGUUCUGUCUUUCUGUUUCUUCAUAGUCCUACUCCCUCGCUUCCUUCUUCUCUGGAAAGUUUUCUUGAGGGCAGUUUUGUCCUGACACUGCAGAGCACUCAAUUCAGGUUUCUAUCCAGGAAAGGAAAUGGAAAUGGUUUGAAUGGCCGCAGUUGAAGAUGGGGUGAAAAGCCUGUCCUUAUAGAGAGGGGUGAGACUUGAUGAAUAGUAUAAAUGGGCAUAAAAGCGCACAUUUCUGUUUCUUCUUGAAAGUGAUCAUGGAGUUGCACUUGGGCAUGCGUGAAAAUUGGUGGAAGUAGUUGUGUCAAUGGGCAGCAAUGGGCAAUGGCAAAAUAAAAAGGGCGUGAAUGUUAGAUUUGGUUGGUCAGAUCUGUUUCAGAAAGAUACAAAAACUGUCGAAUGAACUCAUUAUUAUUAUUUACAUGGUUAGCACUUACCUGGAGGGUUAAAAAGCUAUACCCACGAGGGGGCAAGUCAAUUCCGAAUCUUCCCUGGCCGGAAUAUCUUUCUUGAGAGCUUGAGAUUUGCACAACCUGAACAGAACUAAAGAUGGCAACACUUGAGGAGGUUACUAUUCGGAGCAUAGACAAAGCGGCACCCGGUGUAUCGUAGUUAAGUGGUUUCCCUUUAAAGCCCAGGUACAUCUUGCAGACACAUGCAGUUAGAAAUAAUACAUCCAAUUCCCUGAACACAGGUAAAAGCAAGUGUAUAAGCCACCAUUCAGAAUCGGACAGGAUCAUCCAAACAGUUAUUUUAUGUUGGCCUCAGGUCCAGUCUUACAAUUCAGCCACACGUAAGCACUGUGGAUCUUUCUUCAUGUCGUGCAAAAGUUGGAGGUUUAAUAUAGAAUUUGUCUCUGUCAGCAGUGUUCCCUACCAUCCUUGGCUCUCUUGUCCUCCUCACCAACAUUUUACAGAUGUGACAAGUGAUGAGUUAUUGCCUCGUCUCUUCAUGUCAACACACAAAGCCACAAGAGCUAUCCUCUGAUAGUCAUUAGGUUCAGAUAGCUGUUAUUGUCAACAGAGCUCCGUGAGGAGAAAAGCUAGAUGAAGGAAAUGGAGAUGAUUGAAACGUCUGGCAGAUUAUUUCUGUCACAAAUUCUGUGUGUGUGUCAAGUAUCCACUUCAACCUGCCACUCAUGUCUUGUCUGUUUGUUCGCUCAGUGCUAGACUUUAAUUUUCCCUCAGACCUGAUGUCGGAAAGUGUUACCUGCCAUUCCCCAUUAAGCUUGCGCAUGGUGAGUGAUUGACUUCAUGAAAUCUUACUUGCAAUAAUCUAAGUCACAGUACUUUUCACAUAUGAUUAAGUUAUUGCAUAUUGUCAAAGUGGGUAUUUGUUUCGAAGUGGUUCAUUUGAAGUGGGGAGAAACCCUUCUGUAUAUAGAAAUUUAUUGGAAUAUUUCAAAUGUAUGCUAUUUUAUACAUAACAAAUUCUCCUAUCUCGGCUUUUAAGGCGUAAUCUGAAUCUGACAGAACUGUAGUUUAGUGGCUGAGGGAAUAAAUGGGACACAUUUUAGGAAGUCUUUUGUGGACAUGGACGUCCGAUUCUUGGUUUUGGCUGUCAGAUUUAGGAAGCAUAACUGCCAGUCGUCUGCUGGAGCUGACAGCAGGCACUCGAAUAAGGAAGUCCUGAUGAGUUGUUUGUGACGCUCUGCUCUUCCAGGCAUCGCCCCAUCCGUCAUCACAAAUCAGUGUCCCGAGCAGAAACUGACGGGGAGAAUGGUAGUGAAUUCUCUGCAGGAGAGAGCGAUAUCUGGCCACCGGUGAUCCACUUUUAGCCCCGCAGCGGCAGGGAGCAGACGUGAUUUGAUGAUCUAAAUCCAAAGUUCAAGCUCAGACCAUUGCCCCUAAUCAGCGAAUGGCAAAUGGUCAAUACAUUACAUGAAUAAAAGCUAAUGAGACACACAGUGGAGGAACCCAAAGCCCAGCCCCUCAUCACGCCAAGGGGCUACUUGUGAACGGUGGUUGUUUUUUAGAAUUUCAGAGGUGAAAAAUCAGAGCUAUUAUCUAGAUGAAAAAAAAAAAAAAAAAAAAACAUGUUGCAAGCUAGUUAUUUCCUGGCUUUGUGAAGGGGGAACAGUUGAAAGUGUUGCCUAAUGCAACCAUCCAUUGAGGUUACACUCGCUCUUAAAGGUUAAUUCGGCUUUGUUCACAGCGGAUAUGUUUACAUGCAUACUAAUUAACUGAUUUGCUCUGAUUAAGCCAUUGAUUCAAUUGUAGCAGUGGUCAUGUUUAUGGCUUAUGGGUUUGCAUGGGACAAAUAGUACUCAGGGAUAUUCAGUAAUCUCUAAUAACAUUGGAAUUAAUAAUGCCAGCCCCUUGUAAACAUUAAAUAAUUCCAAAAUUCCAGUGCCUCCCCUGGGAAUUCUAAUCAGUUCCUUGGCAGACUCAAGAUGUUGGCGGCAUAACGCAUUUCGUUUUGGUUGCUGUGUAGUGUGGAGAACAAAAACAGAGUUAAAGGUUGUCAGACAUUUCAGCAAUAUAACUGAAAGUGUACAAAGAAAUAUAAAGCUUUAUACUUUACCGUAAACCUCCACUCAGUUGGUUAAAAACACCAAUCAGUUGAUAAAAUGAAUUAAAACUUAAUUAACUGAACUCCUCUAGUUAUAUCUGCAGGAGUUUGACUGUGGUUCACUCUGCAUCUGAGAAUGUAACAUUAAAGUGUAAACCCAUCAGCUUGAAAUACAGAGAGGGUCUCAUGCUGAGAAAGGCUGAAUGUUGUUACUGCACAGCCUUCUGGGUAAACUAACCAAGCUCCCAGACCGAAACAAGUGAACCACGGUUACUAGGGGGAAAAUUGAAUCCCAUCGAAUACUCACUUGUAUUAUUGAACAGUCACCGUGUUCUGAUUACUCAAAGUAACCGAGCACAGGGUGCAUGCAAACAUACCGGUUACUAGUGUUUGACUUUAAGGAAGUCAGCAAGUCAAGUCAGGAGGGCACUGUAUUUCUUAAACUACUGCAGCUCUGGUUAAAUCAUGUUUCCUUCAUAGUUACUGAUAAAAUUGGAGAAGGAUUCAACAAGGAUGAAGGGAGAAAAAAAUCAAGCUGUACACGUGUCCUAUUUAUUUUAUUGAUGAAAUCUUACCUUGGCGGGUCAGCGAGGAGUGAAUUCUGAAAUGACGAAAUAGAUGGCCUGGCAUUUCAGCGGCUUUCACCCCAUUUACCUCUGCUGCCUUUGCUUGCUUGUGUGCAAUUAAGUGGAGGUUACAAAUAUACCUGGUUAUCAGCCUCGUUUUAGCUGUCUCACAGCCAGCCUUCAGCGCCAGAGACACAUUAUUGCUCUUUCUGGCUCAUAUUAAACUGAAACACCUGCCCGGGCCUUUGUUUGGCAUUAACAGGCCGAGACCAAAUGAUCAAAUAUGACCUUUCAUUGACUGUACAGGAAUUGCACAUCCCGAUAGGGAUGUGGACAAAAGCCAUGUCUGCGAGAGGCGCCGCCAGGUGCGUAAGCUAAUGCUCGGUCUCCCAAAGUGUGAGUAUUAUUCCUAAUUCUUUUCAGUCUGUGCAUCCAAGGUCACCAUCUGCUGUCCUCUGUAACAACGAAAACCGAAUGAAUGGGAGCCAUGAAAGGAGGACCAAUUUGUUUCCAAGACCACAGUGACGGCUCUCGGAGAAGGCUGGCUCUCUGUUGAGAAAAUAAACAUGGAUUUUAUCUAUGAGGUCAUUAAGUCCAAGGCCCAUACACUCCCUCCCCCCCUCCACUUGAAAGCACACAACAGCCUCACGGUUGUGAUUAUUGUUCUGCCUAGCUAUUGACACUCAAUUACCUUGUGAUCUUCCUGGAAAAGCCGUUCAAUCUGUACAUUUCUGUUUCUGGUUUGUUGAAUGAGUGCACUGCAAACCAAUUGAUUGAGUAAACAGCCCUUGUGUCUCUGACUGCAAAAUGAUUUAUUGUUGUCUCUACAACAUUGUUUGCAGAUAAGGGGAAUGAAAUAACUGAUAUUCUUGGCAUUUUUCUUAAUCAUACAAUGCCAUACUACGUGUCAGGGUGCAUCAGAUAGUUCCAGGUCAGACCAGAGAGUACAACCCACUUGAUGCCCUUGAAGCUUGGUGAUGUAGUUAUUUGCUGCUCCAGGAGUGCCCACCUCGCCUUAAAAACACUAAGAAGAUGAGUUUGUAUUUACAACAUUCUUCCCAUGACGUGUUUAAUGAAUCUAGUUUUUUUCGGGGGUCAGUCAGUUCAUUUGGAUGACACCGGCCAUUGCCUUGCCAACUAGCCCUGUGAGCUAACUUUUUGAACUCUCGGGAUCUUUGUUCUCUCAAAGCUUAAGCUUAGCUAAACCUAAAUAGGUCACUCUCAUGAAUUCGCAUGUCAAAGUUCAAAUAUAAGAAAAAAACUAUGCUUGAUUUCAGUUCACCUCUGCGUAGAGAAGUUGUUGCUCUGAUUCCAGUGAAAUUAAUUGAUUUUGGUCAAAUUUUGAUGGAACAUGGACAUUUAAGUCUCUCAGGCAGUUGGAUGGGUGGAUGGAUAGAUUGUAGACAAAACAAUGAUAGGCAGGUGUGAUUGGACAUUCCAAUUAAAUCUGCAGCAUCACGCCAAAUGGCCGAUGUUAUAACAAAAAUUAUUAUAAGUGACUAAAAUGUCCGGGUUCCGUCUCGUGAACAUCCACAAUACGUGCUAUGAUGGUAGUAGGAGGGCUAAGUCUACUGCUGACACUUAACCUUAUCACUGUCUUCUAAGGCACAAAUAUAAUUCAGGGUAAAAGAUUUAACUGAGGCUUGAGGGUAUUUAGCAGUAGGUGAUCUCUUUCAGGUGCUCAUGCCUGGGCUUAAAUAACUGAACUCUAAAUGAUCCACAGAGGCAAUUUGAAACGGUUUGGAUGGUACAAAUCCCCAUGACUCACUGGUCAAAUCUCUUCCACUCACGGCAUCACAGUACUGUAAAAGGCUUUUCCUUCUGACAGCUUCCUACCAGCCAGCAAAGGACAUUUCCAAAAUUUAUAUAAGGGGGGGGCGGGGGAGAGAGAUAUUUAUAAGUGGCCAUCUUUUUACACACUGGAUCAAAACUAUUUCUCUUUCUAGAUGGCCAUGGACGCAGUCUACAUUAGGAUGAUGGAUUGAUUGCUUCAUAUGAACAAACAUUGUAUAGGUUUUCACUGGAGUAUUUAAGAUGUGUGUAUGGGUGCUUCACAUGAGGCAGAUUCACUUUACAUUCCAGUUCUUCAAUUCGACCAAAUCUGUAUCAUAAUGAUUCCUCUACAAGCCCCAGUAUUUGUGUGUAGCAGAAAAUUCAGCAGAAUUGCCUGGUAGAGCUUGAAAUCUGGUUCUUUGUGUACAUUGCAGCAAAAGCCCAAACUUAAAUCGCAGUCUAAUGUCCCCUAGGGGCACCCAUACUGAUUUUUUAUGUGCAUAAAACUGCUAGAUAGAGACGAGGAUUUUGCCACUACCUUAAAGUGGUAGGCAAGGUUGACCUCCUCUCUGUCUUUGUAUCUAUUUUGCUUUUAUUGUAAUUGUUCCAGAUUCAUUUCCGUGUCUAUUUUGUGUUUUAUUACAACCUAGGCGAUGUGAUAACGCAAUUGUUGCAUUGCCCUGGCAGCCAUUUUUACAUCUCUCUCAGAACUGUCUCUGCUCACACGAGUUAGAGGUUUUGCGGUCGUCGGGCUUUGGAAAUUCGUUAUUGUUGCAUUUUUGUGAAAUCUCGCACUGGGCUGGGCCUAAUCAACUGUUUUUAUUGUUGUGUGUCAAGAGGACUAUUUCUGUAUACAGUAUGUGAAAAAUGUUUUUAUUUCUCUUGACUAUUAUAAUGGGUUUUAACCUGUGGAAAAAAAAAAAAACAAAGGAAAAAGCUCAAAAAGAGAUAAGACCAAAUAAAAUGUAACACUCCUGA